AUGGUAUGGUCUUCAACUUUAAGGAGUUUAUAUUCUAUUGAGAUAAACAGGACAUACCCUGCACCAAAGAAGGGCUCCAAAAAGGUUGCGAUCAAGGCCAAGAAAGAUGGCAAGAAGCACAAGCAUAACCUCGAGGAGAGUUACUCCAUUUAUGUGGAUAGGGUAUUGCAGCAGGUCCAUCCCAAUGAGGGAAUCUCAUCCAAGUUGAUGGGCAUCAUGAACUCAUUCAUCAAAGACAACUUUGAGUGCAUCAUUGGUAUUGAGGUGUCUGGCCAGGUGCAUUAGACCAAGCACUCCACCAUCAUGUCCUGCGAAAUCCAGAUAGCCAUGUGCCUGCUGCUGCCCAGGGAGCUGGCCAAGAACACCAUGUUCUAGGGCACGAAAGCCAUCACCAAGUAUACUAGCUCCAAGCAGAUUUAG